UUUCUUCCACUUUCUUUUGUAUUUUUAAGUGAACUGUUUGUUUGUUCUCAGUUUCAUGAUCUCACCCACCACUUUGUUUUAUCAAAAGAGAGCAACCCACAAGCCUGUUCUUUGUCUUGAGAUGUUCAACUGCAAUUCUAUGACAAGAAACACUCAACUGGCAGAUGUCUGCUAAUUCAAGCAUUGCAAUGGAAUCCAAGAGCUAGCCAAUUGUACUUGGUCUUCAACCAGAUCAAUGGAUGUAUAAGAUCAGCUAGUCCUUACUGGACCAGCUCAAUCCGGUUAUUUCAAGUCUGAUAUGUAAACUAUCCCCCCCUCAACGACAGCAAAUCAUGAACACAUAUAUUGACCUUGAAGUGGAAGCCUCAUCGGCAAAUGACUCUGAUAUUAGUAGCCAAGUUGCUUCUAAUAUCUCCAUCCAAGAUACAUCUGCAAAUCUCAAUGCAGCUCAUCAAGGAUUGGGUCCUGCAGUUUCCCUUGAUUUGACACUUAGCUUCAAUAAAGAGGACUUAGGGGGAAGGGAUUCGACAGGACUCUCAUUGUCGAGCACGAAUGAGAGCAGCAAUGAACCUGCAUCUCAGAACAUAACAUCACCCGGUCCAAGACUUUUUUCUUGCAAUUACUGUCAAUGCAAAUUCUUGAGCUCACAGGCGCUUGGUGGACACCAAAAUGCACACAAGAAAGAAAGGACGCUGGCAAAACGCGCUAUGAGAAUGAGUAUUUUCUCCGAGAGCUAUGCAAAUCCGGCAUCUUUGCCUCUUCACGGAUCUUCAUUCAGAUCACUAGGUAUCAGAGCACACUCAUCAGUGCAUCAAGGGUUUGCACCGCCAGUGAGGCCUGCCGAGAUUGGGAGCGGUGCACGAUCUGAACACGGGUACAUGGGGGUACCAAUUUUCUUCGUGGAUGAUGGGGCGGAGCUGUUAUGGCCUGGUAGUUUCCGCCAGGCUAGCGCUGCGGAGACAAGUAACUCUACUCACCCAAGUUUUGUACUGACUCAUGAAAGUUCAAAUUUGAAUUUUGCAGAGGUGACACCGCCCGUGGACGUCAUAGACAACUCUGCACCAGAUCUCACACUGAAGCUAUGAAAGAGUUGGUUCCCGAAGGACAUGGAAAAGCAUCGGCAUUUAUGUUUGUUGCUCUUAGUUUGUAUAGUGAGAUACACAUGAGCCAUAUGACUGCCAGUUUCACUUUCUUCUUACUGGUGCUUUUUACCUUUUCAAAUUGUAUAAGAGCUGUAUGGCUAUGAGGCUAUUUCAGAGCUCCUUCGCUUUGAUUUGAUAUAAAUUGUUCUAGUUUGC